GCAAAAAGGAAAAAGAAAGUUACAGGCAAAAAAUUUAGGCAUACAACUCCAUUGCAGCUGAUUACCAGAUGCCAAUCGCCAAAGAAAAAGAAGUUGCCUGUGGGGAAAUACUUUGGCAUGAAAACUCGCUUCUGUUAGCGAGAGAGGGCAUUGCAGCACAUUCACCACCAAGGGAAAUACCACUUAGGGAUCUGUCGAUAAAGACUGGAUAUCAUGCCAAAUUAAGCAGUUCUUCUGUUGCCCAAGGAGCUCUUGCUGUCAUCGAGAAGAGAAUGCACUUCCCACAUGUACAAAUUCACCUUGCUGCCAACACCUACAGAAAGCUUGUCGAUAAUGAGCCUGAAGACCAAUCCUCCUUGGAAAAUAAUUUGUACCAAGCCUUUGAGGAAUUGAACAAUGAAGAUGAGACUGAAGGCCUAUCUUUCGAAGAAACUGAAGUUUUUUACACAGGCUGAUAACACUGGUUGUCGGAUGAUGUGUACAUUGUUGAAAAAACAGAAGAGGAAAACUCUGAAAUAUUACUCUUGUCAAGUGAAAGUUUCAAUUCCUGUUUUGAAAUAAUGGAUGUUCUAAUACUUGUAUAUUUCGUUGCAUCAUCUUGGGAUUUUACUUCGUCUGUUCAGACUACAAGAUCCCUCACCUCCAUCGCAGAAUGGAAGUACUUCUGAGCGAAAUUUUGAAGCCGCUCUUGAGGGAGACCGAUUGCACACUUUCAUUUCUGACUUGGUUCUGCACUCUGGAACAGAGGCAGUCACAUAAUUGUGUUUAAAACUUGAGCUCCUCCAUUGAAUUGAAGGAAGAUGUGUACCUUGAGCAUGCUGAAGAUGACUGUCUUCUUGAAUUUCACUUUGAUUGUCUGCACUUCCUGAAAAAAAGAGAAGUGUGGUGAUUUCAACAAAUAAAGGCGAAUCUUCCUUGUUUCUUCUGCAUGGAAAGACUAUUUUAUUUGUGGACGCCCACAUCAAUCCAACAUUAAUGAAGUUGAUUCCAAAAGAUCUGGUCCGAUAUUGAUGAAGUUCGUGGAAUCACCACCAAUGUGAAAUGUUCAUUGGCUGUCAUGUGGUAUUAAUAAGCAAACUGUACAAUGUAUCACAGACAUUCAUUUCCUAUAAACUUUUUGACUUUGCAAAGACCAGCACAAAAUUUGAAUGUACAACAGUCCUUGCGACAGGAGAUUCAAAUGGUUGCCUUCAUUUUUCCGAUGUGCCAUGUUUGACAUCAGAGAAAAGUUUUGUGAACAAGAAAGACAAAGAAUGGCUAGAGGCUUAAAACUCUUUUCUGGCCAAACCCCUGAUUCUGGUACAAAUUUGUACCAGUGAAAACUUUGGUCAGCGGUUGCGGGUUAGGCCUCAAAUCUAAAGGGAGGUUUUAUCAAAAUGUUCAGCGUGCUUUGCUCUUUCAAAUGAUACCAAGUUUUUAUCGAUCCAGAUUGCGAAUUAUUUUUACUGUUGAAUCAAAAAAUCCGAAUUUUCUCAAGGAAUAUCAGCUGACUGUUUAUCCUGACUCAGAUGUUGUCAGUAGGCCGCAACCAAACAACAACAAAGACAGCUCUGAUGAAGAUAGCGAGGAUGAGAUUUCAGUUUCUUCCAAAAAGAAGCCUCCUUUGAAAAAAACAACAACGGCUCAUAGCGAGAAGAAAAACUUCAUCUCCAGUUAGGCAAGCAGCCUCAAGCUCAAUAACAUUAGCUAAUUCAGACUGAAAAGAAGGCUAUCCAACUGAAGCUAACUAUGUUCCAGAAAUAAAAUUCAUGCCAAAUAGAGGGCCGGGUAUACAAAUUAAUGCAAGGACCUGUGCAGGAAGAUUAUCCAUGCUUGCAAAUGAACUUUCCUUCUUCAUGUUAUUUUCUACAGAAGAAUUGAUUGGAAUGCUGUGUUCAUUUACCAACAAAUAUGCAUCAGCCCACAUUGCAGCAAACAGGUCUUAUCAAAAUUUUGAAUUUGGGUGGUCAGAGGUCUCUGUUGGGGAAUUCAAAAAUUUUAUGGCUUGUCUAGUUUUCAUGGGUCUGGUUGACCUAAAAAGACAGGAUUUAUACUGGUCAUCUGCCACAUUAUAUUCUGGUUCCUGGGCUAAAAGACUAGUUCCUUCUAGGAAGAGAUUUAGAGCCAUUAUGGCUUUCUUUCAUGGAAAUGAUCCAGCUGAAGAGAAUGAAAUGACAAGCUUAGACAAAUUCGAUACAUCUAUGAAGAUAUCCAGAAUAAAUGCAGAUAAUUGUUUCAGGGUGAUAGAGAAGUGGCUAUUGAUGAAAGAAUGGUGAAAUAAAAAAAUAGGUCAGGCAUCCGGCAAUACAUCAAGACAACCAACAAAAUGGGGCAUCAAAUUUUUGUACUCGCAUAUUCAAAAACCAGCUACACUUAUGCAUUUGACGUAUAUCUUGGAAAACGCGGUACAAAACCAUCUGCAAUGGGCAUUGGUUAUGAUGUAGUUGUUGGGCUGAUGGCUGAUCUAACAGGGCAAGGCUAUAGAGUGUAUACAGAUAACUUCUAUACCUCUAUUCCCUUGCUCUGUGAGUUAAAAAAUAGAGGAAUUCUAGGCUGUGGGGUAACUGCAGGAAAUAGAAAAAAAUUCUUCCCAAAAGUAUUGAAGGACCGGUCAAAGAAGGCACAAAGAGGACACCAGAGAUGAAUAAGAGAAGAAAAUGAUACAGCAGUGGCAGAACAAUGCCUUAGUGACUCUGUUGUCAACCAUUCAUUCAGGCUCUGAGACAUCCACUUGCAAAAGAAGACAGAAAGAUUCCAAGACUGGUGUAUUUGAAGUAAAAGAAUUUCUCCAGCCAAAGGCAAUAGAGGAUUACAACAAAAAUAUGAAAGGUGUUGACAAAUCAGAUCAACUCAUUGGUUCUUACAAUGUUUUAAGAAAUGUUAAAAAAUAUUGGAAAGUUUUCUUUCUUCAUUUGCUGAAUAUUGCAAUAGUCAACUCAUAUAUCCUGUUUGAAAAAUUUUGUAAAUCUCACCCUGAGAGAUCCCACUUACAAAGAAAUAAGGACUGUGACCAAUUAAGCUACAGAGAGGCAGUCAUAAGACAACUGGCUGAAAUAGAAAGUGGUGAAGCCCCUCCAGCAGCUGUAAGGAAUGUUUCUAUGUUUGCAUCUGGAGUUGCCCACCUUCUGGUAUUCAGCAAAAGUUGUGGUCGUUGCAGAGUGUGUCCACAUUAUGGUGACAAACAAGGCAGAUCAGAAAUAACAAGCAGUGGUUGUGAGGUACAUCUAUGUGUAAAGAAGAAAAGAAACUGUUUUGCAAUUUAACAUUCAAAGGGGUACAAGGACCCAGAUGAAGUUUUAUGUAUAUUUUAUGGACGUUCAUAAUUUUUCUUCUGUUUUGUUUAGUUAUAUUUUUACUUUAAUGUAUACUUUAAUUGAAGUCACAAGUAAAAAUUUAAAGGGUGCACAAAUAUAUCAGUUCAUUAAAUUGAUUAUAGGGCUUUUUUAAUCUAUAAAUCACAUAUCUGUUAUUUCUUAACAUAAAACCCCCAUAUUUCCCCUGCCAAUAUCCCCCCUAAAAAUCAAAUUAUCUGCUAAAAUAUGAUAUAAUUUGAAAAACAUAAGUAUAUUGAAGUAUAAAAUUGAAUUAAAAGUCAUGCAGCCUAGACCUUGAUGAACUGGGAGGCCAAGAGAAAAAAUUAAUUUUGAAUAAAAAGAACAAAAGAAGUAAUUUUGGGGGGCUUGUUCAAUUUUUCUCUCUCAAGCGCAAAUUUUUUGUUUAAUGCCCGAUUUUAAAAUUCAAAUUAUUUUCCAUUUUUCAAGCUUCAUAAACAUAUCCUGCAUGAAUAACCUGCACCUGCAUGUAUUUACAACCAGAGAUUUUUUUCACCCAGAAAAGAUAGUUUUUCGAAAAUGAUGCAUAUUUAAUUUUCUUGCCCUUUUCAUCCUUGACGAAUUGCGUCUGCUCUUACACGACCGUAACAGUGAACAUCAGUGGACGUGAGCUUCUCAUCGAUCUUCAAGUCUUUAAAAUGAACAUACAAAGUACCUGAAUGCAAAAGAAAUUGUACAAUUGUAGCUAUUUUAAGGGAAAGGAGGCAUUUUCUCUCAGUCGAAUUUAGCAAUUUAUUUAAUCAUUAACACAAACAUCAAUGCCGACAAGAAAAGAUUUUACACGUUUAUUUUUUUGUGGGUAGUGGUAAAAACGUCCAAAAUAGGACUAAAUCUAGCUGUGAGGCACGUUUGUUGUCAUAUUCUUGAAUUCUGACUGGCUAAUGGGGUAUGCAGAAUUUUGGUCGUUCAGCCAAUCAAAGAUUUGGAACCUAUGCUCUUUGGAGGUCAUUUGGAAACCAGGGGGAAUCCUAUUUCUUCUGAGCUUUAGUACUGCAUAUGUAAGGCUGUGGUCAGCAAUUCCAGUAUUAAUCUCUCCUGAUCUUAUUACUUGCUUUGUUCUGGAUGUUAUCAUUAGAUCUAACAGUGUUCUUGACCUCUCAGUGAUCCUUGUUGGCAGUUUUAUCAUAUUCUCCAUACUCAAUUCGCUUAGUACCAGAGAAGACAUUUACCUGCCAAGCAUUCCUCAGCUGAAUUGUUAUUGAAGCCUAGGUCCGAGUUAAAGUCACCCACUAUCAUUAUAUUCUUGCUAUUUCUCCAUACAUUCUGUCAAUAAUUUUCCAAGUUGGCAUAAAACUGUUGGUUGUCAAAAGGCCUGUAGAUAACACCAAUUAUAUUCCUUUGUGAGUGUAAUUUUAUGUCAACCAAUAUUGAUUCAAUGUUGUUCACGAUGUUUUUGACAAGGAAAGGAGCUACAUCCAGUGUUUCUUUAUAGCACAACAUAACUCUACCCCCUCCUCCUGUACUUCGAUCAUUUAUUUCCAUUUUGUAGCCAUCUAUCAUUAUCUCAAUAUCAGAAUUAUUUAUGUUAACUUUUCUUUCAGUUACACCAAGUAGGUCCAGACUGGUUAUUUCUAGCAUCAACUUCUCUUCAUCCAGUUUGUUUCUUAUUAGAAUCCCAUUUACAUCAAUAUGUGCUACACCGAGAUUUUCUUUUCUUUGACACAGCUUACUCUCUAGUAGCUGAUAGCAACAUUCUCCAUCCACUUUGCCAAUUCACGUUUCUUGUUGCUGUCAUGAUUGAUGUUGUUGUUGCUGGGCUAGGCAAGGGGACAUACCCAUGGUCUUGGCACUGACAGUUUUGCAUACAAUAAUAACAUCAAAAUGCUCCGUGAGUACAAACCAUCAGGUUCUUGCAUACUGAAAAAGGCUGUUUAACUGGACCUGGAUUUAAUUGGAUAUCGCCAGAAAGUAAGGCAAGCACGAGAAAUGAGUCUCGUUGUAUCUGAUAGCUGCAACAAGAUGUAGUUUUGCCAAAGUAGGAAACUUUGGAUUUGUAAAACUUUGUCCUUGUUCGGAUAGCGAGAGGAGCUGCAGCUCCUGGAUAGCAAUCUAGCAUGGACCUAUAUAGCUCUAAUCUAAAUCUCCAUAUAUCUUGUGCAUCGUGCCUCAAUCCAUUAAGAUUUUUGUUGUAGCUUCUUCCAUUAACAUUUGUUUGAGUGUUAAGAACUGUACAACACGAUAUCUAGUGUUAAUAGCGAUGCACAACUAGGAUUAUGAGCAUCCAAGUUGAAACACGCCUUGCUACCAUAACAAUUCAUUGAAUGUUAAAGCAAAGCUUUUGCAGAUGUGUGUUGGCGUUAUUGGCGCUGGCAUUUGAACUCAUGCUCUUGAAAAAUUUAAGAAAAUAUGAAAAUCUACGAGAGUUUUGCUAGAAUUCUGCACCUAAGAGACAGUCUGUUACCUACUUUCCUCACCUUUUUUUUAACUGGUGUGAAAUAAAGCAGCCUGUAUCCGAGCGAAAUGAAUCAUGUGCAAGUAUGACAGUUUCACUCAACAGGCUAAUGCAGGGAUUCUAUAAAAAUCACACAAAACAGUAAAAAGUUUGCGAAAUUCUCAUUGUUGAGAGUCUCGAGAAAAGUUGAGAUUUUUUUGUUCUUCAGAAAGUGGUCACUUUUUCUUGAAUUUUUCUUUGCGUGCUUAUUUCAGCAAGAUCAAUGGAACAAACGAGCUCUUUACAUUAUACUGAUAAGAAACUAUUCAUAAAAAAUUAUACCCCUAGCCCUAAACUAGUUCCAAAUGCAGCAAGGUGCCACCACAACUUCCCGCACUCCCAUUUGACCAGUUUUGCUCAUAGAUCAUCAUCUGCUUGAAGCUGGUCAACGAUAUGAAUGCUUUCCUACUCGAUGACUGCUGCCUUUCUCUUCUGUCUUGUUUGGUUUCAGGCUUUUGUACAUUAUCAUUUGGUGCAUUGGCCUCUUUCAGUUCUGGAGAAAGCUCUAGGUGGGGGGGGGGGGAGUUUUUGUAUCGGGCAUUCUAUGAAAUGGCCAUUGAAGCUUAACACGGCACUGCAGGUUACAUUAUUGUGUCCCCUAAUAAAAUCCAUAAUACAAGGGAGUUUCUAAUCCAUUUGAUUUCGAACAUUUUCCUCUUGAGCAGUGACAGCAUCUUCAAUGUUGAUUUUCGGUCUCCAGUGGGUCUUACAUUGAACCGUAUAAUCCUCCCAGAGAUUGGUUAGGUGUUCGUUAUUCCAACGAUGCAAAUAAUGACUCAAAACCCACACUGCAUAUUGUUCCUGCUCUUCACAACAUCUGCCAUUACGUCAUAGUUGACAUAUUCUUAGAGAUAGCAUUCUGGUAAGCUGAGCAAUUUCUCCAAAUUACACGUUGAGCAGGAGCUUCUCUAUCACUUAAAAUGAAUAAAGAUAACUGAAAGGCUGUGAGUUCAACACUAAGUCUGCAAGAGUUUUCUUCCACCGUUAUGCGUGACAUUCGCAUAGCUUUGACAGAUGAUGAGGAUCGUCAAAUGGCUGUCUCUUGGUAGUAGAACAGGAUUCUUAGCUUGCACCUCUGGAUUUGAUAUAUUUGGUCACACCGCAACUUAGUUCCAUCCAUUUCCUUGAAUAUGUCAAGCUGAGAUUCUAUUUUCUUUAGGUAGGCUUUGUCAAAAGUCAUGUGCGCUGACUGAAUUAGAAUUUUCUCUGCAUUUUAAAUUUUCUUGGCUGAAAAUUCAUCUAUCCUUCAAUCAACUUUAUUUCUGAUGUUGCAGAUGAACUUGGUACCUUAGCUGUUAUUUGUAGCACCUUGGCGUAAGAGUUGUGUUUUUCAACAUCAGUUGUUUCAGAAAGAUUGGGAGUAUUCUUCGCAGAGGUACUGAUAAGUGCUGUCGUCGGUAUAGCAUCAUGUAAAGACAUCAGCUCAUUUUUUGAAAAAGAACAGGAGCUUGCCAUCAGAACUACUCCUAAAUUCAAUCCAAAACACAUCAGCCCCCCUCAGUUUGCCAAGAUGAAAGUGAAGCUUGUUACCCAGGUCUUCAGCCACUCUGUUGCUGCUGAGAUUUUUACUUGUGUUGCACUGAAUAGCUUAUCAUCUUCUGCCACAGGCACUGCAGACCUUUUAACACAGUUUGAUAAGCUUUUUGACACAUGUAAUUCUUUGAGUUUUAAGGAUAGCAAAAUAUGCCGACAUCCAAUAACAUUUUCAUCUCCACACCUGGAAAAAAUGGCAGAGGGGGUGAGAUUCAUAAAAUCCAUCAGGGUAGUUAAUGGAGCAAAAGGUGAAAACCGUACACAUUAUCUAAAGUGUCUAAAAGGAUGGUGUAUUUCAUUGAAUGCAAUUUCAGAACUUUGGUCAAGAUUGCAUGGCAAUUUCAAUAUAAGUUUUUUGGUAUCUAGGCAAUUAAACCAGGGUCCAUUGGCAUUGGAAAACUUUUUUGGGUCAAUUGGGCAGCAGGGGGGAAUUUCAGAUAACCCAACUCCCAUUCAGUUCAAGAGAGCAUACAGGUUCAAACCUUCUGCUUUUCCAGCAAGGACUAAAGAGUGGGCAAUCUUUGAAUGAAAUUGCAACAGCGUCAACACAUCCUUCCUUUUUCCUUUCUUUGAUCACAAUGUCUGCGAUACAGCAGCCAAGCAUUCACAAUGCAUAUACCAAUAAGAUAAUGCACAAUGUGCAUGUACCACUUGCGGGUUCCAAGCCUGAUCCUGUAUAAUGCUAACAGCAUAUCACAAAGGUCAACUCCUCCCAUAUGUUGGUUAUACUGAGCAACAAUUUUUGGGCAAGGGACAUCAAUUUUUUCUUUUCUUAUUCUACUCCAUCGCUUCACAAGAUCUCCAAGCUCAAUUCCUUUGAAUGAUUAGAUCAGGGUCAAAACACGGACUGCCAACGAACAAGGACUGUGUUCGAGUUGGCAUCCACAUAAGAAUCAUAUGCUCCGCGACUUUGUUUUUCCAGCUCUUUUUUGCUCUUCAGAAUAGCUUGUGCACGAAGUAGCCUAUUUGCACAAAAUGUUCCAUUAGCCCAGAUUCCCUCUUUCUCUAAGUUAGUUACCAGCUCAAUACUGCUAAACAAAUCGACUUUAUGGCCGACAUUUCUUGGUAGGUGAUCCAAGUUGGUCAACUUUACUAAAUUCUUGGAUCUAGUUGCUUCCGUGUGUAAAUCUCAAGGUCAUAUAUACUAUUAUGACUAGUUAUAUUACUGAAAUGCAGGAAUCUUUUCAAAUUCUCAAAUCUGGUCAGUCUGGUUGUAUCAGCAAUGAGAGGAAUUCGUGUUUCUGAUGACCAAUACAUUCUAUAUUGAAGGUAGUUUAUUACUCCCAUCAUGAUCAGAUUUCCUAAAAACUGCUCAAUUUCUUUUUCGUCUGUCUGGAGCGAUCUUCCUAUACAUUGAACAGAAUAAAGAUUUGUUUGUUCAGCUACAUGGCUUAUCAACUUUCUUUCAAGCAAUGAAUAUAAAUAUUUAAGCUGCUUUUUAAGCUGCUUCUCGACACCUUGUCUUGUUAGACUACUUUUAUAAAUGCUUCUGGCUUUGAACGGCAUUCUGCAGAGAAAGCGUACAACAAACUAUCACCUCAGUUACAAUUAAGCAAUCCAAAACAUGAAAAAUAGCACCAAUGUCACUGUAAAAACCCCUAACAAUGCAACAUUGGAGAUAAAUUACUUAGAAACUCCAAAAAAUAAGCUCAAAACCCCUCUAAAAUCUUUGUAAAUCAAUUUUGAAACGUGGGCCUAAAUGCAUUCUCUUUGAAAAUAUACACUUACCUUCAAAAUUUUGUACAUAUUGAAAUAUGAUGUUAUGCGCUCUGCCAAAAACAUCAAUCGGUCAUCUUUGAAAAUCAAUUGCUUUUGACCACAUUGUAAUUCCAGAAUGAGAAAGAGGCUGUUAUAUAAGCAUUCUAUUUGAAUAACUAUGGAUUGGAGGAAUUGAUUUUACUGUCCCACAACAACGUUUAGAAAUAAAGGGUUAAGUAAUCUAUCUAACUCUUGCAGCGAGUCCUUACUUUAGCUCCUCUGAUUAUUCCGGUCUUCCCAAAGAUUAGGUCUCCAAUUUGUCUUAUUUUCCAUUGGUUGUGCUUCAAAUUUUCUACUUUGAUCAAAACAAUGUCUCCUUGUUGAAUGUAUACUUCCGCUGUAACUCUAUGGUUGUGAUAUUCCCUAAAGCCUGGUUUUCAUAUAACUUUUACCUACUGGUGAUCUACCUGCGACCCACCAACGACCUCCUUGCCACAGAGAGGUUUCAGCAAGAGUUGGAAUCGAUUAAUUCAAAUCACAGACAUGAUUUAAAAAAAUAAUGACAAAAUCUUCCAAAUACAUCAAAGGAAUGAAGGGAAAGUCUGGAUAUGGCCGCAGUGUAGCCUGAGAUUGGAGAUGAUAUGAAGCAUUUAAAGUGGCUUUACUAAAGUUAUGGAACAAUUAAAGCAGCCUUACCAAUAUUGACAACAUUUAUGCAAUAAAAGUUUCUUAUUUGUGUAUUUGAAAAAGACAUAUAAAAAGUAUAUAGUUUUGUAAGGUUAUUCACAACAACACUUUUUAACAUUUCUCAGGAAAUUUUAUUACAGGUGGACAGCUAUGCCUAAAAGAUUUUUAAACUUUGGGGGUUUUAACCUUUUCCUGCCUGAAUUUUGCACGCCAAAAUCUCACCGUGGGACUGGCCGUUUUCAGGCCUAUGCAGCAGUAGCAUAGUACUGAAAAUAAAAUACGUGCACAGUAGAAAUUAUUUUAAUUUAACUACCAAAAAACUUUUUCAUUUGUUUUGCAAUAUCUCAAAGUGUCAUACUUUCAAAAAUUUUCUGCAAAAUAACCUUCGAUAUUUUCUUCAAGCG